UCCGCCUCGUCUCCCUUCACCCGGCUCCGGGGCUCCGGGCCCCACCAGCCUCGCCGCGCCAUGAUCGCCUCCCACUUGCUGGCGUACUUGUUCACCGAGCUCAACCACAGCCAAGUGCAGCGGAUUGACAAAUACCUCUACCACAUGCGGCUUUCAGAUGAAACCCUGCAGGAGAUCUCAAAUCGGUUCCGGAAAGACAUGGAGAAGGGCCUUGGGGCAGAUACCAACCCUACAGCCUCCGUGAAAAUGCUGCCGACGUUUGUGAGGUCCACCCCAGAUGGAACAGAGGAAGGUAACUUCUUGGCCUUGGACCUCGGUGGCACAAACUUCCGGGUCCUGAGAGUCAAGGUGGCUGAUAAUGGCAGCAAGAAAGUAGAGAUGGAGAACCAGAUCUAUGCUAUUCCCGAGGAUCUUAUGCGGGGCAGCGGAGUGCAGCUCUUUGACCACAUUGCUGAAUGUUUAGCUAACUUCAUGGACCAACUGGAAAUCAAGGACCAGAAACUCCCUCUGGGCUUCACUUUCUCCUUCCCUUGCUCCCAGACCAAACUGGAUGAGGGCUGGUCCCAGGGCAGGUUUGAAAUUCAGUAUUCAAAAGUUGAAACAAAUUACAGUCCCAGGAGUUGGGUGGCCCAGAGCGUCCUCGUGACGUGGACCAAGGGAUUCAAAUCCAGUGGUGUGGAAGGCCGGGACGUCGUGGGGCUCUUACGGGAAGCCAUAAAAAGACGAGGGGACUUUGAGAUUGAUGUUGUGGCUGUGGUGAAUGACACCGUUGGGACAAUGAUGACCUGCGGCUACGACGAUCACAACUGUGAAAUCGGACUGAUUGUUGGUACAGGUAGCAAUGCUUGCUACAUGGAGGAGAUGCAGCACAUUGACCUCGUGGAGGGCGACGAGGGGCGCAUGUGCAUCAACAUGGAGUGGGGAGCUUUUGGCGACGAUGGGGCCCUGAAUGACAUCAGGACCGAGUUUGACCGGGAAAUUGACAUGGGCUCCCUGAACCCGGGAAAGCAGCUGUUCGAGAAGAUGAUCAGCGGGAUGUACAUGGGUGAACUGGUCCGGCUCAUCCUGGUGAAGAUGGCCAAGGAAGACCUCCUCUUCAAUGGGAGACUCACCUCGGACUUAUUGACGACGGGACACUUUGAGACCAGAUACGUCUCUGCAAUUGAAAAGGAAAAGGAAGGCCUCCUGAAAGCCCAGGAGAUCCUCACGAAGCUGGGCCUGGAACCCUCCCACGAAGACUGUGUGGCCACCCAGCGCAUCUGCGAGAUUGUCUCCACGCGCUCGGCCAACCUCUGUGGCGCUGCCCUGGUGGCUGUGCUCCGGCGCAUCAAGGAGAACAAGCGUGUCGACCGCCUGCGCUCCACUGUUGGAGUGGACGGGACAGUGUACAAGAAGCAUCCUCAUUUUGCCCGCCGCCUUCAGAAAAUGGUUCGCCGCUUCCUGCCCGAUUGCGACAUCCGAUUCAUCCGCUCAGAGGACGGGAGUGGGAAAGGCGCGGCCAUGGUCACCGCGGUGGCUUACCGGCUGGCAGCCCAGCACAAAGCCCGCCAGAAGAUCUUGGAUCCUCUGAGACUCAGCCGGGAGCAGCUCCUGGAGAUAAAGGAGAGGAUGAAGGAGGAGAUGGAGCGGGGCCUGGGUCAAGAGACGCACAAGGAGGCCACCGUCAAGAUGCUGCCCUCUUAUGUCUGCUCCACCCCAGACGGAACAGAAAAGGGGGAGUUCCUGGCCUUGGAUCUCGGGGGCACAAACUUCCGGGUGCUGCUCGUGCGUGUGCGGAAUGGGAUGCGGCGAAGUGUGGAGAUGAACAACAAGAUCUAUUCGAUCCCUCAGGACAUCAUGCAGGGGACAGGAGAUGAGCUCUUCGAUCACAUUGUCCACUGCAUUGCUGACUUCUUGGAGUACAUGGGGAUGAAAGGCGUGUCGCUGCCUCUCGGAUUCACCUUCUCUUUCCCUUGUGACCAGAACAGCCUGGAUGAGGCAAUUCUCCUGAAAUGGACCAAAGGUUUCAAUGCUACUGGUUGUGAAGGGGAAGAUGUGGUUAGCCUGCUGAAGGAGGCCAUUCACCGGAGAGAGGAGUUUGACCUGGAUGUGGUGGCCGUGGUGAAUGACACAGUGGGCACCAUGAUGGCCUGCGCGUACGAAGACCCCUUUUGUGAAGUUGGGCUCAUUGUCGGCACAGGCAGCAACGCCUGCUACAUGGAGGAGAUGAAGAACGUGGAGCUGGUGGAAGGGGACGAGGGCCGGAUGUGCAUUAACAUGGAGUGGGGGGCCUUUGGCGACAAUGGCUGCUUGGAUGACUUCCGGACGGAGUUUGAUGCUGCCGUGGAUGAAAACUCUCUCAAUCCUGGGAAACAAAGGUACGAGAAAAUGAUCAGCGGGAUGUACUUGGGUGAAAUCGUCCGAAACAUCCUGAUCGAUUUCACCAAGCGAGGCCUGUUGUUCCGUGGGCGGAUCUCUGAGCGGCUGAAGACGAGGGGAAUCUUUGAGACCAAGUUCUUGUCUCAGAUUGAGAGCGACCGCCUCGCCCUCCUCCAGGUCCGCUCCAUCCUCCAGCAUCUUGGUCUAGAGAGCACCUGUGAUGACAGCAUCAUCGUGAAAGAGGUGUGCACAGUGAUUGCCCGGCGUGCCGCCCAGCUGUGUGGGGCAGGGAUGGCUGCGGUGGUGGACAAGAUCCGAGAGAACCGUGGGCUAGACUCCCUGAAAGUCACUGUCGGCGUGGAUGGGACCCUGUACAAGCUCCAUCCUCACUUCUCUAACGUCAUGCGCGAAACCGUGAAGCAGCUCUCUCCUAAGUGCGAGGUGACCUUCCUCCAGUCGGAAGACGGCAGCGGCAAGGGUGCGGCGCUCAUCACUGCUGUGGCGUGCAGGAUCCGAGAGGCGGGCCAGCACUAGGCCCGCAGGUCAGGAGGGCUGGGCACAGCAGAUCUCCAGCUGCGCCUGCCCCUCACUCUGCUCGAGCCCCUGAUCACCGCUGGCCGGAUCCUCGCUUUACUUCUUCUCCAAAGAUGCCACUCCUGUGACCCAAGGCCCUGCAUUCCCUGUGCAAAAAAGUGUCCCCUUUGCUCCUCUGCAUGCCAUAUGAGCACAUAUCGAGUCAAGCACCCAGUGGUGUCUGCGUGUUUCCCCACCACCACUGCUGCUUCAAACCCCAAAUCUCUCUCUCUCUCUCUUGUGUACACAGUGUUGGUGUCAGAUCUCACCCGUUAACCUCCCCACAACCUGUGUCUUCCGUAAAAAAAAAAAAAAAAAGUGGGCAAUUGGGACACCCGCGUUGCCACUUUGCAGCCUGUGGUCUCUGUCUGUCUCUGUUUCCAAACUGCAGGAUCAGUCCUAGCAGAAGAAUACAAAAGAUGGGUAAACCUUGCUUGAAUAUUGGGCUUGAA